GCGAGGGAAGGAGGCUGCCGGGUCACUUUGAGAGCGCAUCUAGCGCACCACACCUCCAGGACGCGCUCCACCGACACACGCUGAGCGGCGACGGCAUGUGUCACAAGACCAAAAUCCCUUUUUAGCGUGGACCAGUCUGGCCGAGAGUUACCGCGCAGCCGACUGGAAAUGAACUCUGAAGGCACAUGUCGGUCUCAGAGCAUUCACGAUAAGAACAGGCGCUCCUCCUCGUUUCCCAUCCACAUGAGAAGUUUGACUGGAGCUGGCUGAAAGGGAGGCUACCCGUGCUUCCGAUUGGCUGUUAAAUUCUCUGUAUCGAGCAUCUCGACGACUGCUUGUUCCACGGGACAUUUAGGGUUGCAUGCCUGAGUGCCAAGAAACUGCAUUACGUGGGAGACUUCUGCUAAAGACGCAACGAGGAUGGAGGAGAGCACGGAGCAAGGACGCGCUCAGGAGAACGGACGCAGUGACGCCAUGGCCAGAGAACCCCGCUCCUCUCCCUGCAACAGUCUGAGGAUGUUUCUGGUGGCUUUGUCCUUUGCCUAUUUCGCAAAGGCUCUGUCGGGGAGCUACAUGAAGAGCACAAUAACCCAGCUGGAGAGGCGCUUUGACAUCCCCAGUUACCUAAUAGGUGUCAUUGACGGGAGCUUCGAGAUUGGUAACUUGCUGGUGAUAGCUUUCGUCAGUUACUUUGGGGCCAAGCUCCACAGGCCAAAGAUCAUUGCAGUGGGCUGUGUACUGAUGUCUAUUGGCACCUUCAUCAUCGCUCUGCCUCACUUCAUCAUUGGACGCUAUAAAUUUGAAACGUCGGUGCGGUGGGUCGUGAACUCCACCCAGAAUCCAUCGCCAUGUCCGGUGGGCUCACCAGCAGACUUGACGCAAGAUGGUAGACUGCCUCAAGUGCCAGCAGCAGGAUGUGAAAGCGAAUCCAACCUCUCUAUGUGGAUCUACGUGCUGCUGGGAAAUGUCUUGCGGGGGAUUGGAGAAACACCUGUACAGCCUCUGGGGAUCUCUUAUAUAGAUGAUUUUGCUACUGAGGAGAAUGCUGCACUAUAUGUUGGCUGUGUGCAGACUAUUUCGGUGGUUGGCCCUGUUUUCGGUUACCUCUUAGGCUCCCUUUGUGCCAAAAUCUACGUGGAUAUUGGAUUUGUGAAAAUGGAAACCAUCACCAUUACACCAGCAGAUGCUCGCUGGGUGGGGGCCUGGUGGUUGGGCUACCUCAUAGCCGGGGUAAUCACUCUGCUUUCUGCUAUCCCAUUCUGGUUCCUGCCCCGCUCUCUACCCAUAUCGGGGCCCCGGGUCCCAGAGAAGUGCACACCAGAGCAGACAAGUUUCAUCAAAGACUCCCCCCUACUGAAGCAGAAGUAUCAAGCAGACGAACAUACAAGUUUUAUAGAGAUGGCCAAAGACUUUAUUCCAACCCUGCGGACUCUGCUGGCGCACCCCGUCUACCUGAUCUACCUUUGUGUGACAAUCAUUCAGCUGAACUCUCUCAUCGGCAUGGUCACUUACAAGCCCAAGUACAUUGAGCAGCAUUUCAGGCAGUCUGCUUCAAAGGCCAACUUUCUAAUGGGUGUGAUCAAUAUACCCGCUGUGGCACUGGGGAUGUUUUCUGGAGGUCUCCUGAUGAAAAGGCUGAAGCUGAACAUCAUGGGAGCAGCCAGGUUUGCCUUUGGCACGUCUCUGAUUGGUUACAUCCUAUCAAUGUUUUUCUUCGCGAUGAGCUGCGAGAAUGCCAAGGUAGCCGGGGUGACACUGGCGUACAACAGCAUGGACGUGAUAUCGUACGACAAACACUCUGUGUUCACAUCCUGUAACUCCAACUGCUUUUGCUCAUCGAGUGACUGGGACCCGGUCUGCGGAGAGAACGGCAUCACAUACGUGUCUCCGUGUCUGGCUGGCUGCACCACCUCUGCUGGCUCAGGGAAAAACACAGUCUUCUCUAACUGUAGCUGUGUCGGUGUGGCCGGUAACUUUACGGCCAGUACAGGCCAGUGCCCUCACAAGGACGACUGUGACAGGAUGUUCCCGUACUUCCUGGCUCUCUCUGUCAUCACUUCCUUCAUCAUCUCUCUUGGGGGGACACCAGGCUACAUGUUUCUCAUCAGGUGCAUCAAGCCACAGCUGAAAUCUUUGGCUCUGGGUUUUCACGCUUUGGCAACGCGCACUCUCGCCGGGAUCCCUGCGCCCAUCUACUUUGGAGCAAUCAUUGACACCACGUGUCUAAAAUGGGGUCAGAAGAGGUGUGGAGGCAUUGGAGCGUGCAGAAUCUAUAACACCACCGCAUACAGGAUAGCGUACCUGGGCCUGACUCUGAGCCUGCGGACCAUCUCAUUCAUCAUUUGCAUCCCGGGCUUCAUCCUGCUCAGUCGACAGCUGAGGAAGGAGGAACGGAGCGCGCUCCACGGAGCCCUGACCAACGGCGGGACUGAACUGGAGGCGCUCCGGAUGGAAGAGUUUGUGAUUUCGAACUCCGACCAAUCGCAGCACACAUCAGGCAACAGCACAGACAGGCAGACGAGGCUGUGACAGCUUCCAGCAGAACAGGCCUCCUACGUCUCCUUCACACUAGUCGCUUAUCACUUCUACAUAUACACCCACAGUAUGUACAGAGUGAUGCUGUACACGUACACACACACACACGCACACACACACGCACACACCAAUGAGAUUUGCAGGGAAUCACGUUGUAUUAAAUCAUCUCAUGUAAAGCAUAAAUUCUAUAUUUGUACUACUGGACGUGUGAAGGCUUUGUAAAUUUGAUAUAACUGAAACAUUUCUUGAAUGUACAUGCUGUCGUUGUUCCUUAAAAAGAAACACGUAACAAUAUAUUUAAUGCUGGCACAAGAGAUUGGACAGGAUGUGUGACUUGUAAAGACUACUGCAAAACAGUACAAUUCUAAACACCAGCAUUUAUUAAGCUGCCUCGCUUUAGGAUUCUUGAUUUUCUUCCUGGGCCUUCAAAGAGAAGUGAUUAUCAUUUUUAAAGAAAAAACACAGGUUUUUGUAGAGAUACGUGCUUGGACAUGUAUUUAAUUAUCUUUUAGAGGACUUCACAGUAGCCGAUUUGACGUAUGUGCCUCAUUCACUCAACAGUUACCUCUAAAUGUUUGUGUCAUCUGUCAUGCGACAUUUUUGUCACAUCUUGACUAUUUCAAUACGAUUUCCUUCUAUCUUCUUUUAAAUUCCAGGCUGUACGUGUUUAUGCUUUAUUUAGAGACUGACCAGGCUCUAAACCAUUUGCCUUUUAAGGUAAGCCCGGAGUUCGGCCCGACUGUAUCGCAGUUCGUCCUAGGCGUUUUCUGGAUGCCAACGUGUUCAUGGUCACAAAAACAAAACAAAAAAAAAAUGGAAAUUUGGAUGAAAUCUUUAUGGUGGAGGCUGUUCUGAUUCUGAAGGAGGAAGCGUCUUAUUAUUUUUAAAACUUCAACCGGCAUCUGCCUCACAGAUGUACACCGGUCAGCUAUAACAUUAUGCCCACUGACUGAACAUGCCUCCAAAGUUGAAGCAGGAAUGAGGGCCAAACUGUGAUGGCUAGUUAGCCUGGUCAGAGCUCGCCCGGUCAUUGAUGCAUGCUGGCCCACGUGGUCCAAUCCAACAUACGAGCGACUGUAGCUCAAAUGGCAAAUAGAAAGGCGUCAGAGCACAGUGCACCACAGCUUGUAGCUGCAGACCAGUCCAUACAAACCCUUAUUCAUUGCACAAAGACCUACAAUGGGCGUGUGAGCAUCAGAACUCAUCGGAAACAUUUUCUUUCACAUCUUAGAGUGUCGUAAGUGAUAAACAUGUGGCACCAGGACGCAGUAUGUGAAGUCGGCGAAGCAUUGGGCGAUGUUGUGCUGGGAGACUUUGGUUCAUGCCGUUCACAUGAAAGUUACUUUGACACGUACCACCUACUUAGGCAUUGUUGCAAAGGGUAAACGCUUUUGUUGCAAAGUUAUUCCCUGAUGGCAGUGGUCUCUUUCAGCAGGACAUCGUGCCCUGACACGAACCAAACAUGGUUCAGGAACGGUUUGAGGAACACAACAAUGAGUUUAGAGUGUUGGCUCGGCCUCCAAAUUCCUCGGAUCUCAAUCCAAUCGAGCACCUGUGGAUCAGUCCUGGGUAAAUGGGUUCCAGUCCACUGCGUAAUUUUUUGGUGCCCGAUACCACGGCACCCCUUCAGAGGUCUGGUGGGGACCAUGUCUCAACGGAUCAGGGCUACAACAAUAUUAGGCAGGUGGUCAUGAUAUGAUUGGAAGACCGGGACUAUUAAAUCCUAUUAAGAUAACACAGCGCACUAAAGUGGCUAAAACGCUUGAAUAGGUAUUAGUCUCAGUUUGAUCAAUAGUGUUUCAAUGGGGCUAAUCAGGCUCUGGUAUCAAAUACCAUCGUUGUGCCUUGGAAGAGUUUAUACUGUUGCAACAUAAUUAAAUCAUAUUACUCCUGUUAUCCCAGUAUUAAGGCAGGAAAACGAAAAAAUCACUGUAUGAAAUUUCACCACAGGAAGUGUGUGUUUGUUGCUAAUGUUUAAAAGUUCUGCUUCCAUGUCUUCAGCCAUUGUGGCAUAUGUUGCACCGGUCAGUGACUUUAUGUCGUAUUGUUGAGUUGUUUUUUUUUGUGUGUAUUUGUUCGUGUGAAAGACAUCAGCUGUGCCAAAUUCCCAGAAUCAUCACAGUCUUUUCUCAGGUGUUUCAUAUUGGUUUUAUUCUCAUGAAAAGCUUCACCCCAAAAUCUGAGCCUCUUUUCGCAACAUCAAACUACGCUUUCUCAAAUCGACUACAGACUGUAAGACCACAGAUCUAAAAUAUCUUUAAACUUUAUAAGACUUUGUCCAGGGUUCCUCGAAACCUUAAGACCAGAUGAUGAGUAAGAGACAAAAUAAUGUCUUGAAAAAUGCUGCCAUCCUGGACAUCAGUAUUUUCUUUUUGUUUAGGAUUGUCUGCCCGUCAUCUGGAAUGACUGGCAGCUGAAAAGCUAUGUUCAGGGACCAAAUGAAGUCAGAAUGGCAAGGUGAGAGUAUAUGAGCAGCUUUUUGUCAUGUUUUAAUGCCCAAAGUUACAUGUAGUAACUGUAAAAUAUUAAGUCAAGGGUCAAUAAUAAUAAGAAGUAACUCCUUGCUACACCCUUCUUUUGUGGGACAGCGUUUGCAUAUCUGCAAAUGUUGCACAAUCAUUUACCCACCUCUCAAAUUCAAUGAAACCAACCUUAAUCAACUAUCAAUCCCAUUUGUAACACACUGGACAAACAUUUAAGGAACCACUUUCAUCCAAGUUCAGCAGAAAAAAUCAAAAAUUGCUGCCCGCCAAAUAAAGGCGCUUGUUUUAUUUUGAGAAAUGUUUCACAGAAUCCAAAACUUGGGUUUGAACAGCUUUAUUUAAGAAGUGUAACACAUGUUCCCAACUACAACCGAAUCAAAAUGAUCGUCAUUUAAGUGUCCCGUCCACUACUGAAUAGGAGACUAACUACAGUGGUUUGUUUGCCUGUGCUCUUAACAUUAUUACAGAUCAGAUUAAUAGUUGUUGCUGUAAUAAAAAGGUUAGCCAUGCAGUCGAUACAAUGAGACUUCAGCAGAAAGGAGCAGACAUACCAUCCAGAAAAUGUCCCUGAAAUGUACUUCUUGAAAAGAAUGGGAACACCGUUAUUUUCCAAAACCUAUUCUUUCUGUUUUGGCAACUUGCAGUUAUGUGGCGACUGUCUUUUUAUGAAUUCAGGGUCAGGUUAAGGCACACGGACAGACUCUGAGGUGUAGAGGAAGAUCAUUAUCUCAAUAAUGUAAGGCAUUUAACUUGCAUUAAAGAAAUCAGAAUGUAAAUAAUUUUCUUGGAUUAUUUUUGUAAAAUUUGAAGGAAUAUCUUAAAUGUAAUACUUAAAAUAAAACUUUUAAUAUCCAAUCAAA